AUGGAGCCCAAAGAAGGGGGGACGCCCGCGAACACCCCAGCCCAGAAAGGACGCUUGCAGCCCACACUGGUGCUGGCCACACUGAGUGCAGCCUUCGGUUCUGCUUUCCAGUACGGUUACAACAUCUCCGUGGUCAACACUCCGCACAAGGUGCUGAAGUCCUUUUACAACGAGACCUACUUCGAGCGCCACGGGGUCGGCCUGGGCGAGGAGCAGCUGCUGCUGCUGUGGUCAUGCACCGUGUCCAUGUUUCCCCUCGGAGGCUUCCUGGGGUCGCUGGUGGUCGGCCUGCUGGUCGACAGGUGUGGCAGGAAGGGGACCCUGCUGCUCAACAACGUCUUCGCCAUCGUCCCCGCCGUCCUCAUGGGCGUCAGCAAAGUGGCCAAGGCUUUCGAGCUCAUCAUCUUCUCCCGAGUCGUGCUGGGCAUCUGCGCAGGCAUCUCUUACAGCGCCCUGCCCAUGUACCUGGGGGAGCUGGCCCCCAGGAACCUUCGUGGCACUCUGGGGACAAUGACUGAGGUUUUUGUCAUCGUGGGAGUCUUCCUGGCACAGAUCUUCAGUCUGCAGGCCAUCCUGGGCAAUCCCACAGGCUGGCCCCUGCUGCUGGCGCUCACCGGGGUCCCCGCGCUGAUACAGCUGCUGUCCCUUCCCUUCUUCCCCGAGAGCCCUCGGUACACCCUGAUCCAGAAGGGAGACGAGGGUGCUGCCCGGCAAGCCCUGCAGAGACUGCGAGGCUGCCCCGACGUGGACGCCGAGCUGGACGAGAUGCGCCUGGAGGACCAGGCCGAGAGGGCCGAGGGCCGCCUGUCCGUGUGGAACCUCUUCACCUUCCGGCCGCUCCGCUGGCAGCUCGUCUCCAUCAUCGUGCUCAUGGCCGGCCAGCAGCUCUCGGGGGUGAACGCGAUCAAUUACUACGCCGACCUCAUCUACACGUUUGCGGGCAUCGGGGCCACGCACUCGCAGUACGUGACCGUGGGCGCCGGCGUGGUCAACAUCGUGAUGACCGUCAUCUCCGCCUUCACUGUGGAGCGGCUGGGAAGGCGGCGCCUCCUGCUGGUGGGUUACGGCAUCUGCGGCUCGGCGUGCCUGGUGCUCACCCUGGCCCUCCUCUUCCAGAGCCAGGUCCAGGAGCUGUCGUACCUCGGCGUGGCCUGCGUCUUCUCCUACAUCGCGGGACACUCCAUUGGGCCCAGCCCCGUCCCGUCAGUGGUGCGCACUGAGGUCUUCCUGCAGUCCUCCCGGCCGGCCGCCUUCACGGUGGAUGGAGCCACGCACUGGCUCACCAACUUCCUGGUGGGCUUCGUGUUCCCGUCCAUCCAGGAACACAUCGGCGCCUACAGCUUCAUAAUCUUUGCCGGAAUCUGCCUCCUCACGGCCGUCUACAUCUACCUGGUGAUUCCCGAGACCAAGGGCAAGACGUUUGUGGAGAUAAACCGCAUCUUCGCCGCGAGGAACGGGGUGCAGCUUCCGGAACCUGAAGCAGAGAGCACAGAGGCGGGGCCUGCGCGGGAAACUGCCUUCUAA